UAGGGGCCGCGCACCUAGCACAACAUAACCUCACUUUGGUGUUUUGAUUUUUUUCUGUGUAAACAAUUUUCCCGCGAGAGAAAAGGAAGUUUUCGGAAGCAAAAAAUGAGCCUGGAUCUGCUGAAUAUAUCCCUGGGGGAUGUAAAGAAGGACAUAAUGCAGGGAAUUGUGGAGUGCAACAAGAGAGGCCUUCUGCAGAGCGCUAAAUGGCUGGCGGAGCUGAAUUUUGGGAAUCAGAAAGCCCUCAGCGGUAGGACGAAGCAGAUGGUACCGCCACAGCAUCUUGUCCUCGCGGAGACGGGCAUUGGGAAUGUGGAGUAUGAUGAGUAUUACCUGGCCAAGGCGUACUUUGACUGCCGUGAAUAUGACCGGGCGGCGUAUUUCACGCGCGAGAGCGUCUCCCCAGUUCCCAAGUUCCUCCACCUCUACUCCCGGUACAUGGCGAAGGAGAAGAAACGCCUGGACAACAUGACAGACAGCCUCACCAUGAAUGAUGCGUCUGAGCUGAAGGAUCUCAAUGAAUUGAUGGAAGAUCUCAAGGUGGAGUACAACGAACGGAAACUCGAUGGGUAUUGUCUCUACCUCUACGGGGUGAUGCUGAAGAAGCAAAAUCUCAACCAAUUGGCUGUUAAUGUUCUCCUUGAGGCCGUCAAUCAGGCCCCAAUGCUCUGGGCUGCAUGGCUUGAACUCUCUCCACUCAUUCCGGACAAAGAGAAGUUGCUCUCAGUGAAACUUCCGGAUCAUUGGAUGAAGAACAUCUUCAUUGCACACACAUACAUUGAACUCCUCCUCAAUGAUGAAGGGAUCAAGCAGUAUCAGGAUCUUCAGCAUGCUGGCUUCAGUAGCUUCUACAUUACCUCUCAACUUGCAAUUGCUCAUCACAACAAGAGAGACGUUGAGAAAGCCAUUGAAAUCUUCCAACAGCUUCAGCAGGAAGACCCCUAUCGUCUGGACAAUUUAGAUAUCUAUUCCAAUCUUCUCUUUGUGAAGGAAUUAAAGACGGAAAUGGCUCAUUUGGCGCACAAAGCCGUUGAGAUAAAUAAAUAUCGUCCGGAAACAUGCUGUGUCAUUGGGAAUUACUACAGCAUCCGGCUGGAGCAUCAGCGAGCCAUUACGUACUUCCAGCGAGCUCUCAAGCUGAAUCCACAGUACCUGUCAGCAUGGACGCUAAUGGGGCACGAAUACAUGGAGAUUAAGAACACCAAUGCUGCAAUUCAGUGCUACCGGAAGGCCAUUGAGGUGAAUAGUCGUGAUUUCCGGGCAUGGUAUGGCCUCGGGCAGGCCUAUGAGAUCCUAAAGAUGCCCUUCUACAGCCUCUACUACUACAAAACAGCUCAGCAGCUGCGGCCGUACGAUAGUCGCAUGCUCGUGGCCCUGGGGGAGACGUACGAGAAGCUGGAGAAGAACCUCAAUGCCCUGCGAUGCUACAAGAAGGCCUGCAAUGUUGGGGAUAUCGAAGGAAUAGCUCUUCUCAAGUUAGGCAAUCUCCAUGAGAAAUUGGGUGACUGGAAGAAUGCCAUUCCCGCAUUCCUCGAAUAUUGCUCCGAUGAUCGCCCUGUCCUGGACAAAGCAUCCCUCUACCGGACUUUUGCAAAGCUCGGCACGUACUACGAGAGCAUCGGGAACUACGAUGAAGCAGCGCGUUUCGCCUACAAAGCCCUGGAGCACGAUGAGACGAAGAAUGAGGCAAAAUCUCUGCUGAAGACAAUCACAAAUAAACGAGCAGCCACGCAGGCGGUGCCCCCGGAAGUCACGUCGCCACGUCAACCGGAACCCUACAUGAGUGAAGUGGUGUACAUGGAGGAGAGCGAUAUGGUAAUCGAGGGGAGUAUCAUAAGUGAGGAUCAGCCGGAGGAGAGGCCUAUUUUUGAUGAUAGCAAUGAAUCCAUGUUCACAAACUACUGAGAGAUCCUGCCACGAAUAAAAAUUGUUUAUUUUGAUAAAAA